GUUGCAUCAUGGGAAUAAUAGUAAAAUGGAGGUGCCCGUAUGGCACGCAUGACUUUAUACAUGUCGACGCUUUAAAACGUGAAUUUCGAUUUGUCUAUAGUUAAUGAACAGCUAUUAAUGCGUCCCUUUGUUUUGUAUUAGAUUUUAAUUAUCAUAUUAGAUUUUAAUUAUCAUAUUAGCUUGACGAAUAACGUUACAAGGUCAUAAAGACGUGCAACGCUUCAGGUGAGCCAUGUCUCUGUUGAGAGGGUUGCUGAAGGCUGGGGUGUCUCUUUGCCACUCCACACUACAAACAACCAGACAGAUAAGCACGGGUGUGUGCUGUCCAGUCCGUAUGAAUGCCAUUCCUGAGCUGAAGAAGGUGGACAGGUGGACUGAGAAGAGGAGCAUGUUUGGGGUUUAUGACAACAUAGGAAUUUUAGGUGAAUUCAAAGCCCACCCUAAGGACCUGAUCGUCGGACCGGUCUGGGUGAAGGGUUUCCGUGGCAACGAGCUGCAGCGUUUGACGAGGAAGAAAAGGAUGGUAGGAGACAGGAUGAUGACGCAGGACAAACACGACAUGGAGAAGAGGAUCCGCUUCCUCUAUCGACACUUCAACCGCUUUGGGAAACAUCGCUGAUCUGAUCUGGGACUGAGCGGUCUGGCUAACAAUGUUGAACUACUACUGUACUAACAACCUGCCCACUGGACCACAUUCAGACUCUAAAGAGAGAAAUGUGCACUACUUAGUUGUGCCACUUAGAUUUUAAUUCAGCCCCUUAUACCAUUUGGUAGUCACCUUUUCUUAUAUCAAUAUUGGGGUAAGAGGAAGCUGAUUGCACAUUUUCUUUUAAGUUGACAGCUGGAAAAUGUUGGAUUCAUUUAGUAUUGUUAGCACUAAAUCAACACGCACAUCUGUAAAAUACAUGUUUUGAGCCACACAAAAAUGUGAUGCUCUAUGGUCGGUAAAUAUUAUCACAUUGGGGACUAAUGUAAGUCAUGUUGUGGGUAUACCAUGUGUUGUGUGAGAUGAUAAUAAACAGAAGCUCAUUA